CAAUCGGAGGGGGGAAAGCCUGCAAGCGUCAUGAGGGACUGCCCCAAUAGGCGCCCCAGGGGGUGGGGACUGAGUUUGAAAAGUUGGCGGGAAGAAACAUGGCCGUGCGGCGGCAGCUGGAGCUUUUCUUCCAGGAGCCCCAACUGGGAGGCGUGAUCAGGGUGGAUCGGGCGGAACCCGGGACGAAGAGCUGCCGCCAUGGUCAGCAAAGCGCAAAGCCUCCGGAGAAGCCCGGGGAGCGGGUUCCGGGCUCCCGGAGUCUCAGGCUGGAGGACUGCGUGCUCUACCAGUGCCGCGGUUGCCGUUCGGUGCUGGGCGACUCGCUUCAUCUCUGCGCCCAGGAGGAGAAGCUCCGCCUUCUCGUUUGCUUCAGUGAGUGGGUCACACUCUUUUGAGUGUUGGGUUGGCAGCCUCGGAGCGAAAAGGGAAAGGCGCUUUCUUUUCUUUAGAAAAAGAAAAGGCGCGAACUUUCGAGCUACACCGGGCUCUUCAUCAGUCAGGCUGCACAGAUGUUCAAAUAAAUACACGCAGGAUUGUUGUCGCACGUGGCAAUGUACACGGGUUAUCAUUACACCUGUUACAUUUAUGUAGGGGUCGUGCGAAGCUCAAAACUCCCCCCCCCCCCCGCUGGCCACUUGAAAAAUGUUGGUGGUCGUGGCUCAUGAUUUUUGUGAUGUCUUCUGCCAUGUGCUGUUUGAUUUUGAUUGCUUUCAUUUCUUAUGUUGUAUUUUCUUGUAAUUCAAAUGUAAUUCAAACUGAAAUAUAAUGCAUAAGAAAUAAAAGCAAUAAAAAUACAUUUAAAAAACAAAAAUGAUGUAGUCCCAUGAGACCUUGCCAGUAUUGGCAGCAGGAGAGAGAGAGAGAGAGAGUAGUGUAUAUAUAUAGAGAGAGAGACCCCACAGGGUUGACCAAGCAUGAAUGUGGACCUCAGGCCAUAUAUGACACUCCACUUGCCCUUAUUCCCACAACCAUUCUGAGGCUGAGAAGGCCACAUUCACAUUCACACACUAAACCAAUUUAGUGUGAUGUGAAUAAGCUGUGGAGAGCCUUCUGUUGGGGUGAUUCCCGCCUCUUCUCCUCAUGUGGCAUAGCCAUGAGGAGUUCAGAAACUUUCAUUUCCAAACCAAUAAACUGUUUAAUCUUAACAAAUGUUAAAUAAAUCAACAUCAAGCCAUGAUCUAAAUAAUUGUGUGAAUUCCAAAGUACAGCAUUAAUUUCUAUCAUAACAGGAAUCCACUUUUGCAGUCUUCAGUGAGAGUCCCUUUUCUACUAUGAUUUCUGAAAGUGACAUUUUUAAUUUAGAUUUAGCUUGCGUAAAAUGCUUCAGUAAUUUAAAUAUGCCUGUAAUAAUAUAUAUUAAACCUAAAGUGCAUGUUGCAGUAAUUCUAGCAGUAGAUGUCUCUUAUUUUUCAAGCAUGAAGAUAGUCUUGUUUCUAUGAGAUUUAUUUGAAUAAUUUACAGGUGUCUUAACAGGUCCCUGAAUAAAUAUUAAAUGAAAUAAAGUGUUUGAAUGUAAUGUAUUGAUGAAUGCUUAGCUUUAUUCAAUCUGCAAAAGGUCUGCUUCUCUUUUCAGAGGUUACAAAUGAUGUUGUAGUGGAAGAUAAAUUGAUGGUCUGCAUUGAGGGAGACCUCAAUGGAUGGUGAGUUUGUUUUUUAAUUAAAAUUUACUACAUCAGAUGCUUGGAAGAGCAAGAAUAUCUUGGAACCCUAUGCCACCUUUUUGUUCUAUUUGCAUGUGACUUGGGGAAGGUGGCUAAUGAAAUAGAUACUUUAUUUGCCAGACUUGUUUUUUUUAGUACUUUUUCAAAAUAAAAUGCCUGGCUUAAGUAAAUGUUUAUUUCAUUCCCAGUGAGCACCCUUUGUCUCCGAGAAAUGGCUCUUUUUGCAUCUCUUCUUUCCUUUGUUUCCUGGGGCGGGUAUCCUGGGGUCCUAGAAGAGUAUAGAUAGAGAAAGAUGUGGGCAGAGAAGGGUUUCUGCCUUCUCUAGCUUUCUGACUGUGAAAACAAUAAGAUGUUAUGGGAACCAGUGAAAGAAGAAAUUCGGAAACAUCCUCCUUGUUCCCCACCCCAAUUUUCUGCCCUACCAGCUCCGCAGAGCUUUCGAUUUGGUUUUUCAUCCACCUUGGAUUCUCCCACCGCUGCCCUCAUAGGACUUCUUUGUAAAUAUUUUGGAUGAAUGCAGCAUCUUUUGUUUAAGGAUGCAUAUUCUGUAGUAAGGAAACCAUGCUGCAUUCUUAUCACAAGGAAUAUGUUCAUACAGGCUUUUGCAACACCCCUCUCCCCUGUAAACUUGGAAGCUAUAUACCAGGCAUAGGCAAACUCAGCCCUCCAGAUGUUUUUGGCCUACAACUCCCAUGAUCCCUAGCUAGCAGGACCAGUCAGAGAUGAUGGGAAUUGUAGUCCCAAAACAUCUGGAGGGCCGAGUUUGCCUAUGCCUGCUAUCUACUAAUGGAAAGAUGCAUACUUCUGAAAAGUUACUCUAAAUUUGGUUUUUAUAACUGAAUAAUUCUGGAUUUUCUAGGGCAAAUUCCAAAAAUGUUGCUUAUGAUGGCUGCAGCCCCUAGUUUGGUCAUAAAGCAGAUUAUGGAAUGCUGACUGCACACCUGGUCUUUUUUCCCCAGCACCUACAACAUGUUGUACUGUCGAGAAUGUAAAGCGGGAAUAGGUUUCAGACUCUAUUGUUCAAAACCUCUGGCUCACCUGCGAGGCUUCUUUUGCCUUUUGAAGGACAACAUCAUAUGGUUAGUGUCCAGAUGCAUAUUGAACUGAUCAGAUGGUUAAGUCAUGCGGAUAAACUCCAGUAAAACGAAGGGUAACAAACUGACACAUACAAGACAUCCUGUAUAAGUUUAUAUAUGAAGGUUUCAUAAAAAGGCAUGCAAAGGAUUAAAAAAAAGGCUUUUCCAAAAGAGAUACUGGCUGAUGGCAUCAUUUGUAGACACUAUGCUGUGGUAGUUACGGCAGCACAAUAUGUAGCUAAUGUUUGGGUAGAAGCAGGCGUUUAUACAACUGAAAAUAACUAUUCCAGGAGUAACACCAUGCUGUUGUGAGAGCUGAUCUAAAACUAAUUUUCCAGUGGGAUACAAGUUUAGGAGAUUUAUUCAAUUAGCAACUGGAAAGUACCAUUCAUAUUUUCUUGAUCUUAAGGGCGACUCCACUUAAUUGUCCCCCCCCCCUUUUUAUCCCAUCACCUCUACAAAGAGCUCAGGGGACUGCUUCCCUUCCAGUUUAGAUUCCCGACAGCCCAGUACUAUAUGGUUAGUGGGAAGUACAGGUCCAAAGUCACCCAGUGAGCUUCAUGGCUGACCUGGGAUUUGAAUAGCCUUGCUAUUACGCUAAACAAUGAUCAUGCAGUCUUGUGUUUUGACUUGUGAAUGAGAAACCGUAAUGUCACAGCUCAAGACGGUGCUUUUCAGUGGAUGACAUUUACUUGUUGAUUGGCUGCUUAAGUAUUACUUCAUGAUAAGGCAUUGACCUUUGAAUAUGCUGUGUGAAAGGGCUUAAAACUGGCUAUAAAACAGAAGUGAUCUAUGACCACAAAAGUUUAGCCUACUUGAGGAAGGGACAUGAGAGGCGAGAAGUUAUUUUCUUGAAAAUAAAAUAAGUGUUGUAUAUUGAAUAAUUAGGUCCUUCAAAAUACAUUGUUACGAAUCUGAAAUGUCCUGCAGUAUCAGAUUGUGGAAACCUAUUAAUUUCAGGAAAUUAUAUCACAAGUUAGGAUAUAAUUAUUGAAAUCAGGAUGCUGGCAAAAUACUAUUACAUGGUUGUUAUUAUGAAUAAUCUUCACUUUUGAAUGCUUAGAUUUCUCUUGCUGGAGUAGACAAAAAUGUUGAAAAAAUUGGACACAAUAUUCUGAAAAAUUGCAAUAUAAAUUAUUUUUAUCCUCUCCUUUAUUCAUACAUUCCUAUGACUGAUCAGCUAAUUUCAAAAUGUAUUGUCUUUAAACUUGUUUUUCAGUUACUUGUUAAAAGCUAAAACGACAAUUGAAGCCUCAACGAUGACCUGUCCUCCUGUGAGCCUAAAGGAACAAGUACAGAAAGUAAGUGUUCUUCUGUUUUUGUGUUUGUUAACUACUGUUUUCCCCUUCUCACAGGGGAACUGGGCAGAUAAAAAUGUGACUAAAUGUACAAAAAUAUGUACCAUUACAAAACAUGCCAAGUGCUCUUAUCAGCUUUGCAACCCUUGCAACAGAGAGCGUCUAGUGAACUUUUUUAAGGCUGCUAUCCUAACCCCAUUCACCUGGGAGUAUAAGGCCCACUGAAAUCACUGAUUCAAUAGGACUUACUUAUGAGCAGACAUAGAUAGAAUUGUGCUGAUAGUCUUUGACAGGGCAGAAUUUGAACCCGGGUUUCUCGUAUAGACUGUUGCACAAUAUACUAGACUGAGGUUUAAAAGGAGUAGUCAGAGCAGUCUUUCAGACAUUUAUGGAACAUGGAAACAUAGGCUCUUUUCUAGUAAUAAUAAUGGGCACAAACUGUUUUGAGGCUUGGCAAAUCAAAGGCAACCCUCCAAGUCUGUGAAAUAGAAAAAAUACGGUAGUUCCCAGGCACACUUAGCCAACACCGGUUGUUCUUUCAAGCACAUGGUUGUAUGAAAAUAGGAUGCUCUAGUUAGUUUCCAGAGAAUAUUUAUACUUUAAACUAGUAAAUAUUAACAUUUUUCAGUUUGAAUUAUAAAUAUUUUCUGGAAACUAACUACAGCAUCCUGUUUUCAUAAACAAGCUUUUCAAAACAAGCAGUCCAUAAAACUGAGCUUAAUGCAGUCCUUUGCUCAUUUAAACCAAAGAGCACAUGAACACAUUUGGCAGCUGAAUACCAAAGGCAAAUAUGGUAUACUCUGCUAAUAAGAUAUUCAGAGAGUGUGUCCUCACUUUAUCGGAGACAAAUAGGAGCUGUUCCAGCUUGACUUUCCUGUGCCACUUGAGGAAACAGGAGAAUUCCUGUGCUAUAAAAGAGGAGUCCACAGCACGGCUUCUUCCUGCAUUAAUGUUGCCCCAGUUCUGGUAGGAACUGCAUUGUGGACUCCUCACAUAUUCUGAGGCUUCUGCCAUUACCCAAAUGCCAAAUGAAAUAGCUGCCGCAGUGGAUUCUGUGCAGUUGGAAUGGUUUGGAACAGGCCCUGUACAGCUUCAUCUUUUCUUUAGAUCAAGUAGAACUGUUUAAAUCAGGGAUGGGCAACCCUUGGCCAUGCUAGCAAACAGCUAUGGUAGGCCAUAGGGGACCUAUCUGAGUUUAAAUCUUCCCAAGUAUGAUUAAGUGUCAGACUACACAGCUGACAGUAGCGGCUUUCAUCCGAGGCCAGUGAGGUGGGCUAAAAGGUGAGGAGCAAGUGGAACCAAAUUUGCACAUGACAAACUGUCUUACACGAUGUUUGAAGAAUUGGUUGUCAGCAUACUGGGUUCAUGCCAAUCAAGUUUGGAGAGCUAUCAUGAAGGAGCGCUCAGCUGCCCUAGUCACUUCCCCAAGAUACAUGAGAGAUACCCUGAACAAGGACUUCUGCUUGUGCACUGGGGUUCCAUCCCCUCCUUCCCCUGUGCCCUCUAUAAUUGGGUCAAGGGGGUGUUUGGUUGAGAGAACACCCAAAACAGGUAAAGGGGAUUGAUUCAUCUAGCAAGCCAAAAUGCUUGACCUGACAGAAUAGCCUUGGUGCAAUGUUGAUUUUCUCCCACACCUUUAACAGAGAUGCCUCUCAAAUGCAUAGUUACAAGGUGUGUCGCUGGACUUAAAAUAUUGGACAAUUUUUUUGUUUUCACUGACAAAGAUUUGGCUGAUAUAACUGGUUUUCUGCAUCACUUUGUUUUAUCUAAGCUUGGUGAUUAUUAUUUUUUGUAGUUAAAGGAGAGCCUUGUUUUAGCGCACAUACGGAUAGAACGGUUGAUUGAGAAACUCGAAGAAAGAAACCAGCAGAAGUUGAUGUCUGAAAAGCAGAUCUACAAAGCAAGACUAGCAUCUGGGGGAACAAGGAAGAAGUUGAACUAACUGGUAGAAUUUCUGCAAGUCACAUAUCUGCAUUUGGCUGUGAUGAACAUGAGGUUGUAACUUGUCGUCUACACAACCACUGUUUUGGUUGUACAGUAUUUGAAAAAGGCAGUGUGUCUUUGACUGGCAAAUGGAUUACACAAAGCAUAUGAACUGCUAUAUUUUUAGAUGUGCACAUAUAGUUCUGCCUGGAUUUUUUUGGAAUUGUUGCAUCUGUUAAUACUAUCCUAAACUAUACAGUGAAUGCAUUUGCAGCCUCUGUUUAGAGGAAAUGUACAGCUUGUACAGUUUUGUUGGUGGCUUCAAUUCAGCAUUUUAUUUUAAAUUUGGCUUGAGGCAGUUCAGUCUACCCAGUAACCUGUUGUGUAAACUAAAAGUGUCAAUUUAAAAACUAUUAAAAUUUCAUCGAACUUGAACUCUUAACUGUAACACCAGUUGAAUUCUAUGCUAACAACCGGGUUUUUAAAAUGCUGCCUAAACUACCAAAGGUGGAGCAUAGGUUAGGAAAGUUGUACAGAUGUGAGGCAGCCUACAUAAAGGCUUUUCUGUAUCUCUCUUAUUAAUUUUAUGAGUUGCUUCCUAUGAAACAUCUCAAAGCAAUUUAACAAUAAAAACAAUUUCAAGUCCAAUGUAAGAAUGUGCAUUCCAGUGCUGUUUAAAUGGUGUAGACACAAAUUUGACAGAAUGGACUGACCAGUUAGCUUAUGUUUGAUGGCGCUGCUUUCCUAUUCAUUUCGCCACCUGAUAGUUUUCUGAAAAAAACAAUGCAGCUAACUUAAAGCCCUGUACAGUGGUACCUCGGGUUAAGUACUUAACUUGUUCCAGAAGUCCGUUCUUAACCUGAAGCACCACUUUAGCU